AUGUCGCUUACUGAACUAACCGGAGCUCUACAUGACAUUCGUAUAAUUCGGUACAGCGAGCUGGCGUCCAGCAUGAUCAUUGUGUACGACCACCUCAUCACGUUUAAUGAUGAACUUGAACUCAUCUGGAAUUCGUCGCUGUCCCUGGGGAAGUGUCUUUUCCUCGUUAACCGGUAUUACGCACUUGUAUCGGUGUUUUUCAACAAUUACGCUCUGUUCAGCCCAUCUAUCACCGAUUCAGUAAGUCUACACUGGUACAAAUGGCAAGGCUGGACGGGGGUCGUGACAUUCGUCCUUGCUGAGAUGAUCCUGCAGCUGCGUCUGUAUGCGCUGUAUUUCUUCAGCAAGAAGGUGCUGAUCAUCAUGGCGUCUACCUGCAUCAUCGCAACUGCGUUUUCCGCGGUAGUGAUGGGAUGGGUGUUGUCCGGCAUCUCGGCGUCUUCCGACGCCAUCCCGGGCAUCAAGUUCUGCGUGGCGACUGGGGUGUCGCACCACUUCUGGACGUUUUGGGUACCGAUGCUCGUGUCCGAGAGCGUGCUGUGCGUCCUGGCGCUUUACCGGGGGUUCGAGAACUACUAUGGGGGAACACUCUUCCGCACGGGGAAACGCUUGGUGGAGGUCCUCAUCCGUGACUCCGUCUUUUACUUCGUGGUCAUGUUCGCAACAUACCUAGUCAACGCCAUCGUCUUCAUCGUCGGAACGUCCAACGAGGUCGAGGUACCUAUUGGGUUUGCGGUUGCGCUCUCGUGUGUGCUGGGGAACCGCCUGUGCCUCAAUGUGCGCGGCAUGAUCCGGCACGACUACGACGACUCGCUCACAACCAUGACGGCCCCCUCGGCCCACCGUCUCGACUUCGCUCACUCACCCCCGCGCCCGCAUGCACGGCCGUCCCCUCACCCGCACAUACAUGCGCACCACCGCGAGGCGAACAUCGACUUCUGGGACAGGACGGAGCUCUCUCAUAUUGAGAUGACGGAUCUGCGCGAGAUGCGGGCGGAGCCGUGA